GGGGGGGGAUUGGGGGUGGGGGGGGGCAGCCCCGGCCGGGAGGUGCCCGCCCCGCUCGGCUCCGCUCCGCUCCGCGCCCCGCGCCCCGCUCCGCCCCGCUCCGCGCCCGCCGCUCCCCGCAAUGCUCCGAGGAUGCUCGCGUCUUGCUCGGGCAGGAAGGGGCCGGAGGGCAGGUACCCGCUGCACUACCUCGUCUGGCACAACCGAGCCCGGGACCUGGAGCGGGAGCUCAGCGCCAAGCAGGCCGACAUCGAGCAGCUGGACCCCCGAGGACGCACCCCGCUGCACUUGGCCACCACGCUGGGCCACCUCGAGUGCGCCCGGGUGCUGCUGAAGCAUGGAGCUGACGUGGGCAAGGAGAACCGCAGCGGCUGGACGGUGCUGCAGGAGGCCGUGAGCACCCGGGACCUGGAGCUGGUGCAGCUGGUCCUGCGCUACCGCGACUACCAGCGAGCCAUCAAGCGCCUGGCCGGGAUCCCCAUCCUGCUGGAGAAGCUGCGCAAGGCCCAGGACUUCUACGUGGAGAUGAAGUGGGAAUUCACCAGCUGGGCCCACCCGGGGGACGCAGGGUGGCCCCGUCCCCGGCUGGGCUAUCGCCGUCUCCCCCCAGUGCCGCUGGUGUCCAAGAUCUGCCCCAGCGACACGUACAAGGUGUGGAAGAGCGGCCAGAACCUGCGGGUGGACACCACGCUGCUGGGCUUCGACCAUAUGACCUGGCAGCGGGGCAACCGCAGCUUCGUCUUCCGCGGGCAGGACACCAGCGCCGUGGUGAUGGAGAUCGACCACGACCGGCGGGUGGUCUACUCGGAGACGCUGGCCCUGGCCGGCCACGACCAGGAGGUGCUGCUGGCUGCUGUGCAGCCCACGGAGGAGCAGGUGAUGGGGCGGCUCACGGCCCCCGUCGUCACCACCCAGCUCGACACCAAGAACAUCGCCUUCGAGAGGAACAAGUCCGGGAUCCUGGGCUGGCGGAGUGAGAAGACGGAGAUGGUGAACGGGUACGAGGCCAAGGUCUACGGGGCGUCCAACGUGGAGCUGAUCACGCGGACGCGGACCGAGCACCUCUCGGACCAGCACAAGGGCAAGAGCAAAGGCAGUAAGACCCCGCUGCAGUCCUUCCUGGGCAUCGCCGAGCAGCACGUGGGGCCCAACAACGGGACGCUGAUCACGCAGACGCUGAGCCACGCCAACCCCACGGCCAUCACCCCCGAGGAGUACUUCAACCCCAACUUCGAGCUGGGCAACCGGGACAUGGGGCGGCCCAUGGAGCUCACCACCAAGACGCAGAAGUUCAAGGCGAAGCUGUGGCUGUGCGAGGACCACCCGCUGUCCCUCUGCGAGCAGGUCGCCCCCAUCAUCGACCUGAUGGCGAUCAGCAACGCGCUCUUCGCCAAGCUGCGGGACUUCAUCACCCUGCGCCUCCCGCCCGGCUUCCCCGUCAAAAUCGAAAUCCCCAUCUUCCACAUCCUCAACGCCCGCAUCACCUUCGGGAACCUCAACGGGUGCGACGAGCCCGUCAGCUCCCUGCGGCACAGCCCCAGCAGCGAGGCGCCCUCGCCCAGCAGCGACUCCUCCAGCGUCAGCAGCUCCAGCUCCCUCACGUCGUGCCGGGCGUGCGAGAUGGACCCGGCGCUCUUCGAGGUGCCGCGGGGGUACAGCGUGGUGGGCACCCACCAGGACGCCCUGCGGGAGGACGAGGACGACCUGCUGCAGUUCGCCAUCCAGCAGAGCCUGCUGGAGGCGGGCAGCGAGUACGACCAGGUCACCAUCUGGGAGGCUCUGACCAACAGCAAGCCGGGCACCCACCCCAUGUCCCACGAGGGCCGCCGAGGAGACAGGUUGGUAAGGACUCCCCAGCACACGGCAGCCCCCCGAGCCCCGGGCAGCCCGUCUCCAGGGGGGGGCGGGGGUCCCGGGGCGCUGCUCCCCAGCUACGCGGAGCAGCUGCGCUUGGCCAUGGCGCUGUCGGCACGGGAGCAGGAGGAGGCCGAGAGGAGGACGAGGCAGGAGGAAGAGGAGCUGCAGCGCAUCCUGCAGCUCUCCCUGACCGACAAGUGACCCCCCGCUGAGCCCCCCCAGCCCCCCGGUUUUCCCCCCCCAGGGACGGGGAGAA